AUGUUCAAGAGUUCGCUAGCCACACACAGCAGCAUUGACCAUGAUUUGUUUCCACUGCUGACGGUACGCAGCUGCGUGAGCGAAGCCGACGAGAGCAAGAAUGGGCCGCGCUUCUGCGCUGAGGACAAGAUGACCGGCGGUGCGUACGAGAUUCGAAGCCGCAAGCUUGACUUGGAGGCGGAGAAGCUCGUAGACGGCACUAGUUGCCGAGGCACCCACCGAAACCUAUCACCGAAGGAUCUUUGUACUAUUAGGCGGCAGCAGGAGCGGAUCGACGUCCUUCUUUCUGCCACCGCCCACUGCGCGGUGCCGCCGUGCGUGGCGCUGCCGGUCGACGUGUACAUUCAGGAGCAGCCGUCCACCGGUUACACCUACGUGGCAAGUGUGGAUGCGUUCUCCGGGCUCUCACUGGGUGACAUCAUUCGCUCCGGAUGGGGCAUGAUGGAGGAGAGCGUGUUUCUAGAGAUUCUGAACGCCGUGGAGGCAUUCGGCUACGCGAGUGCCAGCCUGCCCCCGCAUGGAAAUCUUAGCUCUGACGCUAUCAAGCAGCUGCUCAUCGUGCGCGACGGUGCCUCGGAGGCGCGGCAGCCAUCGCGGUGGGUGGUGAGCGAUUGGCUGCUGCUCAGCGACGACAGCGUCACCUCAUUCGACCCACAGGCGUUUGUGUCUGACCUGGAGUGGGUGCUGCAUUCCUCUUUUGCACAGCUGCACAUCUCGGCGACCACCGCGCAGGGGAGCACCCUCAUGCCGGCGGCCCGUAUAGAGGGGCUCGUGGGUGAGACCGUCGACCGCAUUCGCGCUCAUCUGCUCCGCCAAGGCGCGGAGGCACACCACACUUCCUUCGCUGACGGCUUGACCCAGCCGUCUGACGGGGGUCUGCAAACGGAUACGAAAGCCUUUUAUGCACACCUGGAUGCUUCUUCCUCCGGGGUAACCGACGUUGACGGCGCCAGUGCGAGGCAAACCUCGGCCAGCAACGAGGAUGGCGUCCCAACCUCCUUCGAUACUGCUCACGACAACACUGCCAACUGGGCUUCCGCUACUGCAGGAAGUGGGGUCGAAUGUCAGACUACUACGCCGCCAUCGGCGCCUCCGCAAUCGCUCUCUGACCCUAACGCGGCGACCGCGGGCACUGCUGCCGCUUCCUCGCUCAACACACUGCCAGCUGCCUCGCUGGGGAACAACAAGAGUCAAGACUCGCGCGGCGCUGCGGACAAGCGCGACAGCGCGAAGGAAGGCCUCCGCGUCGCUCGACAGAUGUCUCUCAAAGACAAGGUGGCCUACCAUCAAGCCGCGCUUCGUAGCGAGCAGCUUUUGGUGAACAAGCACCGUCGUAAGAACGCCCCGCUGCCGCCACGGCCCCAACCGGUGUCGACGUACACACACAACGUGCGCCCUAUCCUCUCCCCAAGUGCCUCUGAGGAGGACGAGGAGUUCUACUACGGCCCGCCUACGCUGAGGUCUCCAAUUGAUGUAAAGCCGAGCGCGUACUUGAUGCAGGGCCGCCGGGUGUCGCCGAACGGGCGAGGCGCCGGGAGCGCUCGCACGCUUCAGUCCCCACACAGCGCUCGAACGCUGAACGACGAAGCGCGGACCCCGUGCGAGCGCUCGCGAUCGGCGACGACGCCGCCGCAGUCGAAACAGCCGCGGGCAACUACUCACGCAUCCGCGUCUUGUGACCAGCUGCGCGAGCGUCUCUUAGAUGACGUGGUGAGCAUAGCGGUGCUGAAUCAACGCCGGCGGGUGGAGAACCAUCUUCUUCAGCAGGAAGCAGAGCGUCGCCGACGAGAGCAGCGGCAGCAAGUGCUUUCUCUGUCCACACCGCCUCGCGGCGCUGCCGGACAACACCUUUCCACGCCAGACGUUCUGGACAAUCCCCGAGCGUCCAUCUCCUACCCUGCUGCUCCAAACUCCCCUUCCGUAGAAGCAAAGGCUGCCGAGGCCGCCGACAAUCACCGGCGGGCUUCUCGACGACGGUGCACGGCGUCAUGCGGCCCCGCCGCAAACGUGAGCCACGGCGGCAGUGCAUUACCUUCAUGUUAUCGUCUGGGCGUUUCGGCGGCACCCUAUGACGCAGCUAUGAGCCGCUUUGCCGAUGCGAGCAAGAGCCCAGAGCCAACGCCGCCGUCACCACAUUGGUGCCGUAAUGUUCGCCACACGUUCUGUGGGAAGAAACCCGCUGUGAAGGCUGCGGGUGGCACGCGGGUGGCACCACCACGGGCAUCUGCACGUGGUGCAGCGACCACCGCAGUCGCAGGCCGAUUGCCGCAGACGGCAGGCAAAACCACGGUGCCGUCACAGACUGUCUCGUACGGCGUCCGCCCCGGCGCGGCGCCCACGAUAGUGCGAUCGGACACGACUAAAACGUCCGUUAACGCACGUGCCGCUGCGGGGAUAGGAAGGGUAGCAACCACAGUGAUGGCCGGGCGUGGUAAUAAUCUGAGCCGACAACUUCCUGCGGGUGCCGUGCCUCGCUCUGGCCGUAGCACAACGGCUGCUGGAAAUCGAGCGGCUUGGGCUGUCGGACAACAGCAGCUCUCUGCAAGGGCGAAGGCUGUCACGCCGCUAAUGCAGAGAGACACUCGCGCCUCAACCGCAUCGCCUCUGAGUUCCCCGCGACAGAAGACAGCGCAGCCGUCGGCGGCCGUGCCCUUUGUAAAACCGCUGCCUUUCGCUUCCGUUGCUGGAUGCCUGACGUCUCCACGUGAGGGACCAACGUUGAUUGGUGCGAGCAGUUCGCCUCCUGCCAGGCGUGUCGCUGUAGUGCCGCUGGAACCCGCACGGAGAUCCGCCGCAACGUCUUCCGGCUCGUUUUCGUACUUCUCCAACGGGUCUACUCGAAACUCCGUCAUGGAUGCAAAGUUGCAGGCGCUGCGGUGCCCCAACACUGCUCGCCCGCCCCCGACACAGCCGCGGGUUGCCACGUCCCCGCGGGUGUACCAACGCGUGGCGUCGGCCGGAGUUCUCCGCUCGCCUCGUAAGGGUGUUGGCGUCACGCCUCCUCGACGAUCAGCAGCAGCGACGGCAGCCACCGCACGUCAGCCCUCGUCGUCGAUUCGCGAAGUGUCGCGUACUGUGCUACAAAAGCCAGCGAAGCCGGAAGCUACCACUGCGAUAGCGCUCCGCACAACGCAGCCACGACUACCCGUUGCUGCCGACUCUGCCUCGGCGAAGGGCCUUGCAUUCGUCGAUAGCAAGUCAUUACAGCUUCUGGUGCUGCAGAAAGUCUCUACAAGUCUCUUGGCUACACACGCCGACACCCUUGACAGUCAGAACGCCGAUCUGCCGCUGGCUUCCGCGCACGAGGAUAGCCUGAACUCACCGCACACCCCGCCACCACCGGCUAUUACUAAAGGUGCUGCUGCUACGGGGGCUGUACGCCAAUUUACUGGCACGGAUCCUCCGGCUCAAAGCAAUCUGGCCGAGAUUGAGAAUCGCGCGCCACGAGGCAGGAAUCCCGGAGGGUCGAGCCUGUCUCUUGGCAGCCGUUCGGUGACCGCGUCGGCUUUUCAGACACAGAGGGAAAAUAAAGGUAAGGCGCAUGUGGCACGGCUGUGCGCUGAGCCGCUGACGCUGGGUAGCGUGCGUCCGGUGAAGAAAGCAUCGCCCGGCAUUUCGCUCCUGCGUCAUCAAAGCUCCACCAUGUAA